GUUUUGGUAAGUUACGUUACUUCCUUCGGGUUUGACGAUUGGUGAAUGGUGAUGCUGUUGCUUUGCUUCGUGCUUCUGUAGUUUGCUUUCUGCAGUUUUCAUUUUAAGAUGUUUACCGCUAGUUCAAAAAUCAUGAAGAGUGGAGGGGCAGAGCCUGACCCUUUUGAGGUGUCAAUCUCCCAAGCCCUUCUAGAGUUGGAGAUGAACAGUGAUCUCAAGGCACAGCUAAGAGAGCUUUACAUCACCAAAGCCAAGGAGGUGGAAUAUAACAAUGGCAAGAAGUCAAUCAUCAUUUACGUCCCAACACCGCAAUUGAAGUCCUUUCAGAAAAUUCAAAUUCGAUUAGUAAGAGAAUUGGAGAAAAAGUUUAGUGCAAAGCACGUUAUAUUUAUUGGAGAGCGAAGAAUUCUGCCGAAGCCUACCAGGAAGACUCGUACGAAAAACAAGCAGAAGAGGCCCAGAAGCCGGACAUUGACUGCAGUCUAUGAUGCUAUUCUGGAGGACUUGGUAUAUCCUGCUGAAAUAGUGGGUAAAAGAAUACAAGUCAAGAUGGAUGGAAAGCAGUUGCUAAAGGUCCACUUAGACAAGAACCAGCAGACGAACAUUGAUCACAAGCUUGAAACAUUUACGUCUGUGUACAAGAAGUUGACAGGAAGAGAGGUAAAAUUUGAGUUCCCAGAACCAUACUUGUAAAUGUUUUAUAAUACUUGAUAAUUUGUUAAUAAAAAUGUUUAAAUCCACUUCAUGAGA